AUGUCCAAACGAAGAGUAACAUACUACUAUGACGCGGAUGUGGGGGCGUACUCUUUCGGGAUGUCUCACGCGAUGAAACCACAACGCAUGCGGAUAGCUCAUGAACUCGUCCAAGCUUAUGACAUGCUUCCCAAGAUGCAGGUCUUGCGUCCAAAACGCGCGUCGCCUGAAACCAUGACCCGUUUCCACACCGACGAAUACAUCGACUUCCUUUCCAAGGUCACCCCCGACAACUACCGCAGACUCACGUACCAAGGGACGCGUUUCCUCGUCGGCGAUGACAACCCUGCGUUUGAAGGUGUCUUUGAGUUCUCGUCUAUCUCUGCUGGAGGGUCCAUAGCCGCGGCUCAGCGGCUCAUACAAGGCGAGGCCGACAUCGCGAUCAACUGGGCCGGAGGCCUGCACCACGCGAAGAAGCGCGAGGCCUCGGGGUUCUGCUACAUCAACGACAUUGUGCUCGGCAUCCUCGAGCUCCUCCGCGCGUUCCAGCGCGUGCUCUACAUCGACAUCGACUGCCACCACGGCGACGGCGUCGAGGAGGCGUUUUACACCACGGACCGCGUGAUGACCUACUCCCUGCACAAGUACGGCGAGUUCUUCCCAGGCACGGGCCAGCUCGACGAUCGCGGCCGCGGCAAGGGGCGCGGGUACACGGUCAACAUCCCGCUCAAGGACGGCGUCACGGACGAGUCGUACGCGAGCGUUUUUCAGCCGGUGUUCGACAAGAUCCUCGAGGUCUUCCGGCCCGACGCCAUCGUCCUCCAGUGUGGCGCGGACUCGCUGUCUGGGGACAAGCUCGGGGGCCUCAACUUGACGAUGCACGGGCACGCGCGCUGCGUGCAGUACGUCCGCGCGACGCGCAUCCCGCUCAUGCUGCUCGGCGGGGGCGGGUACACGGUCAAGAACGUCUCGCGCACGUGGACGUACGAGACCGCGUGUGCACUCGGCAUCGAGCACACGAUCGACCCGAACCUGCCGUGGAACGACUUCUUCGAGUGGUUCGGGCCGCGGUAUCGGCUCGAGGUAUUGGAGAGCAACCUGGAGGACCUAAAUAUGCGCGAUGGGUCGCUGGACCGGAUCAGGUCAACACUGGAGCAGUUGUCGAAGCUGGGGCCUCCGCCGUCGGUGCAGAUGCAGGACGUCCCGCGACAACCGCUCGACCGGGAACUGAAGCUGGGCGGCGUGCACGCCCACGCACCCAUCGACGACCUCGACGAACGGCUCGCGCAACACGCGCGGUACGUGUACGAUAUGCACGAUUCGGACCGGACGGACGACGAAGACGCGGACGAACGUGACGAGGAGAUCGACAUGGACGACGAGGCGGAAGAGGACUCCGCGCGCCGCCGCGGCCGCUCGCGACGCGUGCACCGGCCCCCCGGGCACCACUACGGGAGCAAGCGGAUGUCGAUCGUGACGUCGCGGUACUUCGACGUCCCGCGCCCGCCCGCGGAGCUCGACGACGACGGGUGCGGGCACGGGCACGGGGCGAGCAUCGCGGCGGGGGCGACGCGCGGGCUCAAGCGACGGUUCUUCGAGAGUGGGGCGGAGUGGGAUCCGGUGGCGCGCGUGGUGACGGAGCGGGUGCGGGCGGGC